AUGUCGCAGGAACUGCAUUCGCAAAGCAAGCAACAAGGUGCUGAUAUGGCGGCGUUUAUGUGCGCGCCGACCGAUGAGCUUUCAGAGGACAACAACAAGCAGACGAAGACCUCUGCAUUACAUGCUGAGGAGUUUGUCGUAGAUAGUACCUCAAGAACUGCGUCACCCUCAGCGACGACCGAAGAUAUUCCAUCACAGGGGAUGAAAAUGAAUGACCUUGACCAGCGACAAGAGACAGCUAUGGCAAGUACAUCACGGCACAGUAAACGACAAUCGACUCUGCGCACUUCUGCAUACGGUUGGGCUGAGCGGAGAAAGGCAGCUGAGCGGAAAAACACGGAGAUGCGCCUCUCCGCGACGCCUAACAUGAAUGCUGACCCGCCUGUAAGUAGAACCAGUAACCCAUCCAACAUCAACACCAUGAACAAUAACAACGACAAUUUUGUUCAGAGAGGUUCUGGAGGUAGUACAAGAGUCGCAGAGGGCAAGGAUAUUCUUCGAAAACGUCGAAGUACCCAUCGAGUCACAGUGUCUGACAAUGUGGAAACUAAAUUGGUGCUGCUGGAGAGUGCUGUAGCAGACUUAUCAUCAGCAGACGAGAAGGAGAGGAGGACAACGUACUUUAGUCCAUUUAUUAUAGGUUUCUUUGCUUCAUCACAAGAACACCUCAGUCAAGUUGAAUCACAAUCAGUUGUUGGAUUGUCAGGGAUGAAGGUAAAAGAAUCUAAAACUUAAUACUAACUUGCCUUAACAUCAUUCAUUCAGCAGACUAAUCAAACCCAACAUUUUCUUCUAGGGAACUGACGACACCUGAUGCGCCCGAUCGGGAAUUUACAGUGCAACAGCUGAAAUCUCUUCGCGGGGCUCUGCAGGAAUUGUUGGAGUUGCGGCAGCACCCUGAACUACCGUGGUGGCGCGAGAGUCGGCCUUCGUUCAGCGAGGAAAAUCUCAGCUACACGGAUCUCGCUGAGCGAUUGUCAAGCUAUCUGGCAGAAGUGCCGGAAGAUGUUAAGGUGAACAGAGUGUGCUUGCUUAGUCUUAGACUUAGAAGUUCAGCGAAGAAGUAUAACUCCUACAAGAACGAUAUCCACCUACUAUUUUUUAGGUUGUCGUUAUCAUGAUAACAUUAUGCAGAAGACUAGACUCCUGCAUCGUGAAUAAAAAAUUCGCACAGGAGGGUGAGCUCCACCAAAAAGAACAUCAUCAUCUAAUACAUCCCAAUCCCCAUCCGACUUUGCAAUAGCCGAGGAGAAGAUAACGUUCCUGUUGACGACGGAGGAGCUCCAGCUCGUAGUGCGUGCACUCGCAGAACUGAAUCAAAUUACAACGGCGAUUUUGCGGUCGUCUACCGUACGCAAUACGUCCAUGGCUCGGAACACAGCUGGUACUGCUUCUAGUGAUGUUGGUCGAAUAACCACGACAGUUGUUGACCAUACAACUACUAGGGCGUCGCUUCAUCCGUCGACGUCUUCUUCAUCCAGCGGGGUGAACUCAACACCUAUUGCGAAAGCAGCGAGUACUUCUAGAGCAUCUUCAGCCUUCCCCCGGGUGUCGGCAGGAGCUGAAGGUCCUGCUUCCAGGUUAUCAGCGUCGUUUCUUUCCAAAGCUGCAGCUGCACGCAAAUCAACAGAGGUUGUCGCAGAUCUGUUGGGUGUAGUUAACGAUGUGCUUGAUCGUCCAAGACCAAGUGGCCCACGCGAGAAGAGCCAACGAGGAUCCUCUCGACCGAGUGCUGGGAACGCUCGAUCAAGCGGAAAGGACCAAGCACACUAUGAUUAUAAGGGUAGGUUCAAGGUGCUACUUUUGUCAUUGUCACCGCUUGUUAUGGCUUUCCUAAGGGGGACAGCUAUAACAAGCGGGAUAAACGAACACCAAAUACCUACCUCUAAUAUGAGCAACAUGAAACUGAAAGUGGACGAACAUCAACUACAUCUACAACGACAUCAAAGAUCAAAGUAUCCCGCGGCCCACCUCCUCCACCACCGCCGUUUCCACCCUCUUUUGCAGAGGUAUCGGAUGAACCUGACGUAGCUCCGACAUCUUCCCCGCCAGUCGUUCUCAUGUUUCCGGAGCCCAGCGAUGAAGCAGAAGUAGCGACCGGCAUAGAGAUCAUGAAGGAGCAGACGAAAAAAACUUCAUCUAAAGGACGUAGAAAUAAACACACGACCACGCGGUCAUCCUCUAAGAAGGUGAAAGAAGAGAAAAAGGCUACUACAGUGGUGCCGCCAUUAGAUCUGGACCGACUGAAUAAUGAUGAACGGAGGUGGCCAUUGAGGCGGAACAGCAGGAACCCCACAUCAACGCUGCAUAAAAAAGAAAACAGCGAUGUAGACUUUCUUUUUCAACAAAGCAGCGGCCCUGGCGCUCCUCAGUCCUCGAAAUCAUCAGUGGAAACGACAAGUUCUAGCAUGGAUUCGUCGUCUGGAGGUAAAAAUUCAUCUAGAACUGCUAGAGAUGAUGAACAAGAGCAUCAUGAAAGCGGAACAGCGGAUGCAACAGCGACCUUCUUGUAUGGGGAUAACAUAGGAGCAGAUGGCCGUGAAGACGGCAGCGGAGCGGUCAUGCUUAAUCGCGUUCCGCUGUUUGUGGAGGAUCCACGACGUGAAGGACGAAUGCGCCUGAACCCAUAUGCAGCAACAGGCGCAGAGCUACGACAUAGAAAGAAAAAUUUCAGGCCCCAACCGAGACAAAUGAGAAGUACUACAAUUACAAGAACUAGUACAGAAGUCUUCGUUUUUGGUCCUGGAAGUACUACAACAACUUCGUCGUCGAGCUCAGGUGCGGCAGAAGAUAUGACGAACUCAAAGCGAAAGACCACUUCUGUACUGGAAGGAGCACCUUUUUCCUUCCAGACCAGGAGGUCUGCGGUUUUGGGCCAGGAUAUCCCGGUUCUUGUUCCGGCGACCACUUCUGCUCAUACGAUUCAGCAGCAAGUGGAAGAACGCAUUUCAUCUUCUACUACUAAGAGGAGGAACAUGAUGACCACGACACGAGUAGGAGUGGAGGACCAUAUUGCAGAUAUCAUGUCACUAUCGUCUCAGUUGAACAAGAAGACGCGCACCGAGCGGAUGAAAGCCCCAAGUGUAGUUAAGGCAACAGCUGGAGCAUCCCCAGCACCCCUCCUGGCCCCUUUUUCAAGGGAGAAAAGGGCACCACCGGGAUGGGCUCAGGGAUGCGACGCGGUAGCUCUAAUGUAGGCAGUCAAGUGUAUUCGCCAACACGGUACAAGAACUUCUAUCUGCACACCAGGGACUCUCCUCAGAAGACUGACGCACUCGCACCUCCACCGCGGCGGAAGUUCGGGUCGCGAGGACCGUUUCUUGGGUAGAGAUCCGACAAGCAAUAUAAAAACCCACGAUCCAGGAUCAUCUACAGAUCAUAAUGACAUGAACAGAUUCGAAGAAUAUCUGAACGGACGCAUCUAGAACUACCUUUACGUACAGCAUUCAAUAUAAUAUUUUAGAAAAAUCUCAAGCUUCGCAUUCACUUUCAGAUACACAUGUUGCACAUUUCAAAAAUAUCUUCUAUUUGUUCGUAGUGUACUUUCAUGCUCAACAAACAUAAAGUCAUAGACGACUGCCUACGAUCUCCAUCGCACGUUUUGAAUCAUGAAUAGCUUGACGGUUUUAUCUCAACACUACAACUUACUACAUCAUCCACAUCAUACUCAUACUCAUAGUCGUUGCCACGAAUGAUAGUCGUUGUCAUACAUGAGAUCUACUUUAGAAGUUUCCCAAAAAUUAUUCUACAUCGUUUCAAGAUGGCGCAUUAGCAAACUGAUCUUCGAGAAAGAAACCAUUCACAUCCACAUCUCCUACAUUCGUCUAUUACUAACUCAGCAUAUCCUUCAUGUUCAUGGCAUGAUCGGCGUAUUUUUCCCAAU